GCUUCCGGUUUGUUGUUCGCCUGCGUAAAGAUCCAUCCGCAGCCGACUUCCGCUGGAUGGGUCAACUGAUCAAAUGUUGUUUUCUGCCAGGCUACCACUGCGCUUUGUGUCGCUGACGCUUCACCUUCCCCCGUGUCGCCGCCCGGUCGUCGUCGUCGUCGCGUGACAUGCUGUCCCGGCCGUACAGUUGACGGCGACCCCUCGUCCCCAUUCACAUCCGUGACCUUUUUUACCUUUCCCCCGACCCCUGCGGUCUCGUCGCCGAUCAAAAUUUCGAAGACAGGCCCGCGGCACUUUCAGAGUCGAGAUAGAGUGCUGCACCGGCCCCUAACUGUGAGUGCAAACCCCUUCCCACCCUGAAAUUUGCGUAGUCGUAUCCUUUCGUCAGCACAGGGUGCUGCUGGUAACGUUGAGCAAGGGGUAAUAGCCUUGCUUCAGAGGCAACCCACGUCGAGGAUUACAGCUUUUUGAGGCGAAGCAAUCAAGACCUGGAGACCAGGCACCACCAACCCUGAUGCGUGCCAUACUCUGAGACCGUCGUCCACGUUCCGUCCCACCACCGCCCUUCUUCUUCUCCGAGACGGGGCGAAGAAAUACGUCCGCCCCCCUUCUGGACUUGCCGUCUUCUGGACUGCUUCCGAGCAGCUCUCGCGUGUGCUGAUUCCUUCGCCACCAGCAUUGUUGCCAUCGGUCCGUGUGCCGAGUUUCCACCGUAAGCACGAAAACAUAAAAUCCGCAAAGGUGACGAGACAACGACGCGAGUCGACCAACGUCUCAGCGUCACCUUGCCAAAAGUGCGUCGGUGGCGCGUUUCACCGGAGCGCGUCGACAGUCGGUGACCCAUUCCGCUGCGGCGCGUGGUCGUGCUGGCUCUGCGUGUCUUAGCGCCAGACGCCCGACGAGGGAUCUACCGUGCCUAAGAACGAUCCGCGGCAGCUGUUGUGCUGCGCCUCCUUCGUGCUCAUGAUGAACGUACACGGCCUCAGGCGCAACGUGAAGAAUGUGGUGCGCAACUACUCGGACGCCCAGGUCAAGGUUCGCGAGGCGACCUCCAACGACCCCUGGGGGCCCCCCUCGACCCUCAUGGGCGAGAUCGCCGACCUGUCCUACAACGUGGUUGCCUUCACCGAGAUCAUGCAGAUGAUCUGGAAGCGGCUCAACGACCACGGCAAGAACUGGCGGCACGUCUACAAGGCGCUGGUGCUGCUGGAGUACCUCAUCAAGACUGGCUCCGAGAAGGUAAGCCAGCAGUGCAAGGAGAACAUCUUCGCGAUCCAGACGCUGAAGGACUUCCAGCACACGGAGGACAACAAGGACCAGGGGGUGAACGUACGGGAGAAGUCCAAGCAGCUGGUGGCCCUCCUGAAGGACGACGAGCGGCUGCGCGCCGAGCGCACGCGCGCCCUCAAGGCCAAGGAGCGCUUUGCGCAGGCCACGGCCCGCGUCGGCUCCGAGGCCCUGGCCAAGUAUGGCAGCUCCAGUCGACGAGACUCUUACAACUCUGACGCCACGUCACCCAGAGGUGAGGACCUCUCUCCAGGCGAGGGUGACGGAGCAAGUGGCCUCUCCUCGGAGCUGGAGUGUGCCCGACCCCAGACGGCGGGUGAGGAGGAGCUCCAGCUCCAACUGGCCCUGGCCAUGAGCAAGGAGGAGGCAGAACAGGAAGAGCGGCUCCGCAAGCAUGACGACCUGCGGCUCCAGAUGGCCAUCAACGAAUCGCAGCACACGACUGCGGCCAUGCCCAACGGCGGAGCGUCCUCGUCGGGGGCCGGACCGUCUUCGUCGCACCACCAGGCUGCGGCAGCGUCGGGCCUUGACGACCUGCUGGGUCUCAACCUGGGGGCUGCAGGGGGCCCCAGUGGUGCCGAGCCUCCAUCGGUGACGGAUCCCUGGGGCAUGCCACUCUACGACGGUGCGCAGGCUGCAGCUCCAGACCCAUGGUCAUCGCCCACGGGCAGUCGGCCGGCCACAGUCGGUCAACCGAGUGACCCCUGGCAGUCACCAACUUCCAAGCCAGCAAAUCAUGGAGACCCAUGGUCAGCCAGCCAAGACCCCUGGCGGUCUCCGGCUGGCGGGCCCACAACCAACGGAAACGACCUGGAUGAGUUUGACACCUUGAGCAAACGAUCGGCCGCUACCAGUCCAAUCUCUGAACAAACUGGGGCAGUGGGUGAUGCGCUGGCAUUGGGCGGCCUGCGCCGGGCCUUGCCGAGUGCGGAGGAGGACGAACUGAGCAAACGGAAAACGCCGGAGAGCUUCCUAGGUCCCAAUUCGAACCUGGUGAACUUGGACGCGCUCGUGACGACGCGACCCGCAGGUACACUGGGCGUCGCACCAUCCACUGCAGCGAACCCGUUCGCGGCGCCGCUCUCGGCACCAACGACAGGACUGGCGGCACCCGGCGCAGCGGCGGCGGCGGCGGCCAGCAACCCGUUCCAGGCGUCCAAGCCGCCCACAAUCAACCAGCUACGACUUCAGAACAACAGCUUCCCGGCGACGCCAGUCGCACCUGUGACAACGACGACGCUCCUGACGCAUCCGGCCGCCGCGGCCGCCUUGGUUCCGCAGCAGCCUUUGGCUCCACACGCCGGCUACGUGGGGAUGCCUGCUGGCGCGACAGCAGUGGGCCAGCAGAACCCCUUCCUCUGAAGGGACCCGCAACAGUAGUGGGGGGUUCUGCUUUUGCGCUAGGACCGCGAUUAAAAAAAAAAAGAAAGCGCGACAGUCAGGCCUGCUGCUGGCUUACCUGGCAGUGUAUCGUC